AUGUCUGGGACUUCAGGUAGAGCGGUACUCCCGCAGCCUCCCACAAAAACUAUUGUUGUCUACAGGAAUGGGGAUGCUUUCUUUCCUGGACGAAAGUUUGUUAUAAAUCAACGACAGAUGUCAACGUUUGACAGCUUUUUGAGCUCUGUCACGCGUGGGGUAGAGGCUCCUUUUGGAGCGGUCCGAAAUGUUUACACUCCAAGGGAAGGACACAAAAUCCAUGACCUCGUCAACUUGCAGCACGGGGAGAGAUAUGUUGCAGGCGGAGGAGAGCGUUUCAAAAAGCUUGAGUAUGUACACUGUAAUUAGCCGGGAAUGAUAAGGCUGAUGUUAUUGUUAGACUGCAUUGUUGUUGUUGGGGGUGCAGCCAGACAUAAAUAAUCCUCUUUAAUCUAUAAACAAAGUUGCAGGUGUACCUAAAAUGACUAGCUAAACCAAGAUGUAUGGAAUUUGUAAUGUAAUCUACUGUUUUUCAUUCUAGUUAUUACCAUAUAACAACGAAGAAACCACAGAAAAAGAAGAAUGAACAGGUAAGGCCACUGACUAUACCCUCAUCUUAAAAAAAAUAUUUUUUGCAAAUUACUAAUUAGCCUAAUUGCUUUCGACUUUAACUGAACUGAUAUUUGAUACCAUACUGGCCACACCAUGUCUUUGUCAGUAAAGGAAUGCAUGAGCACCUCUGAAAGAUAGGCCUGUUACAUUCACACAAUCAUCUUACAAUAUUGCAAGGUUCUUGGUAAUAACCAUGUAAUACAAUAACAAUUUUUCUUUCUGUUGUUUUAAAUCACAGAUCCGACCUGUAGUUCACAGUAGAAUAGUUGUUUCUGCUCGCUGGAGGAAAAUUAUAAACGAGUCAUGCACUAUCAAGUGAGUUUGGGUUUUCAAGUGUCCUACAAUCAUAUUGUGCCGUUGCAAACAUUAGGCCUCCUGUAGCUCAGUUGGUAGAGCAUGGCGCUUGCAACGCCAGGGUUGUGUGUUCGAUUCCCACGGGGGGCCAGUAUGAAAAAUGUAUGCACUCACUAACUGUAAGUCGCUCUGGAUCAGAGCGUCUGCUAAAUUACUAAAAUGUGAAAUUAGUGUUUGCAAUGGGAUAUAGGCUAUACAAAAUAUGCAUUAACUCUUUUCACUUGUCAUGUCAUUCUAUAAAUGCCAAAACUAUGUAGGGUUGAAAUGUUUCUUGUGUCACGUAAUACUUAAGGAGAUGUUAUUUAUUCUACUUUAUUAGAUUCAAUCGAUUUAUGUAGGCUUACAACAUUUCUGAUGUUGAAAAUGUCAAUGAUCAUAACCAUGUUGAAACCACAAGCCCAUAAAAUGGUACUGAGUUUCAUGUGUUUUUGUAUUUUGUAGUGUUUUUACCAAUGGAGAUGUGUUGGUUCCUCCAGCUCGGAUACUGAUACCAAAGUAUACUCUCACAAACUGGGAAAGGGUCUUGGCCAUGGUGACCCAGAGGGUGAAUCUGCGCACUGGUGCUGUGUACAGGUAGGAAAUAACUAAUAAUAGCUCUUUAUGUUAUAGAUCAAUUGUUUUGAAAUGAAAUGAAAAGUCAUCCAACUUGUAGCGUUGACCUCAUUUAUGAUUUACAUAAUCACAUAAUCAGUGUUGCCUUUCAUACCAUUGAAAUAUGUAGCUCAGCUGGUAGAGCACGGCACUUGUAACGCCAAGGUAGUGGGUUCGAUCCCCGGGACCACCCAUACACAAAAAUGUAUGCACGCAUGACUGUAAGUCGCUUUGGAUAAAAGCGUCUGCUAAAUGGCAUAUUAUUAUUAUUAUUAAAUAUUGAAAGGUUUUCACAUGUUAAAAAAUACUUUUUCUUUGAUAACUAGACUGUGCACAUUAGAUGGGACUACUUUACUUGGGCCAGUGGAGCUAGAGAACAACCAGUAUUAUGUUGCUGUGGGAGCUGAGAAGUUCCGCUUCUCGCCAUACUUCCAGUGGGUCCCCGGCAGAGGAAUCAUCCGGGACAACAGUCAUCAUGCGUAAGAAAAAUGAUUUAUUCCUCUCCAGAAAAAGAAAUCAUUCAAGUUAAUGGAAUUGUAUGUUCUGUUGGUUUCAUUCAGAUUAUGGUGUUCUUCUUACUAAUUACUAGAUUUUCCUUAGAGUCAACAAUGACAGUCUCCCAGUCCCAGUUCCCACAAGGAAAGGCAAACAUGCAAAAGUAAGUAGGCCUACUGUGCGGCCAAAAGUAUAUCAGUAUACACCACAUACAGUACAUGCUUGUAUUAACCUCCCCCCAUGAAAGCAUUAUUCUCAGUCCAGGAGGGGCAAGAAAUAAAGACCUCCACUAAAGCGUUCCAUAAAAAAAAUAUCAUUUUUUAUCACCCUGAAGUAGGAAACAGCUGUGAUCACAGUUUAUCCUACAAUCAUUUUCUUUCAAGGAGAUACUGUACAGUAUCACUGUACAUUAUCUUCACACUUAGAACAGUGAACAGUGUAAAAGUAUUCCGUUGCGUACAGCAUUUCAAUUGUCGUUCAUGAGCCUUACCGUGUGUGAUUCGUUACGAGACAGUCCUAUCAUCAAUCACUGUCUGGGGGAGGCAUUGAGUUACCAUUGCCUUCCACUUUGAUAGGUAACAGAAUGAGCCUGGCCGCUUGAUCAAGUAGCAGCGAGUCUCAUAGACUGAACAGAUUCACCAAGGGACCAAGCUAAUUCCUCCAGAACCGGGACAAUUUGUAUGCUGACAGUGAAAUGCAUUGCAGUGAUAUGAGAAUUGCACAGGGCCCAAGAUGAGCGCCACUUACAUACAAACAAGUGAAGAAGAAGAAGAAGAAGAAGAAGAAGAAGAAGAGAACAUGCACACUCAGCGGUCUGUUAGAGAUCAGGCUGUAUGGGGAGAAAUCUGACAACAGAUUUUUCUAACCAUGAACGAUGACAGUCACAGCAUGGCAUGUGUCCAAUUUUUUCUGAUAUAGGAAAAGCUCUUCCUUUUUAAAGAUGCUCUAUGCAGAAAUCGCUCCUGGCUGCUAAAAUGUUAAUAGUUUGCCUAAUUUCCAUUUAUAUGACAAAACAAGCAAGUAUAGUAUAUUUAUUUAUUUAACCUUUAUUUAACUAGGCAAGUCAGUUAAGAAGAAAUUCUCAUUUACAAUGACGGCCUACCCCAGCCAAACCCGGACAACGCUGGGCCAAUUGUGCACUGCCCUAUGGGACUCCCAAUCACAGCCGGAUUGUGAUACAGCCUGGAAUCGAACCAGGGUCUGUAGUGACGCCCCUAGCACUGAGAUGCAGUGCCUUAGAUCAUUGUACCAUCCAAACCUCUGUGAAAUAUAUUUUCUCUAACCAGAAAUAUUGUAUUCUCAGCUGUUUGAAGCUGGUGUACAAAACCGACAGUAAAAGACUCAAAAACGAAACGUAUAAAUGGAAACAUAGAAAUAGCUCACAUAGAACAGAUUUACCGCUUCUUAGACUUGCUUUCAAUGACAGAUCUAGAAGUCACAUUUCUAUGUGAAUUUUGUCAGGUCUCCCAAAAAGUUACAUAUUGCAGCUUUAACACUUGAAGUGCUGUCUUGUCUUCAAACUAUAAUAAUGCUUUAUCAACGUGAUUGAAAUGGCAAGAAAAAAAUAUCAGGAUCAGCAGAAAUGUGAAUUAAGUUACCAGAGCUCCUUUCGUCAUUUUUGUUUUGGAAGCAACAUAAUUGGUCAUGCAUGAUUGUGUCAAUUUUUCAAUUUUUACCCCUUUUUCUCCCCAAUUGGAAGUUACAGUCUUGUUCCAUCGCUGCAACUCCCGUACGGACUCGGGAGAGGCAAAGGUCAAGAGCCACGCGUCCUCCGAAACACGACCCUGCCAAUCCACACUGCUUCUUUACACACUGCUCGCUUAACCCGGAAGCCAGCCGCACCAACGUGUCAGAGGAAACACCAGACAACUGGCGAUCAAGGUCAGCGUGCAUGCGCCCUGCCCGCCACAAGGAGUCGCUAGAGCACAAUGGGACAAGGACAUCCCGGCCGGCUAAACCCUCCCCUAACCCGGACGACACUGGGCCAAUUGUGCGCUGCCUCAUGGGUCUCCCGGUCGCAGCUGGCUGCGACACAGCCUGGGAUCGAACCCAGGUCUGUAGUGAUGCCUCAAGCAUUGCGAUGCAGUGCCUUAGACUGCUGCGCCACUCGGGAGGCCUUGUGUCAGUUUUUCAAUGCAGGAUGGAAUCCACAAAGAGCAGUUUGCGCUGUUCAUUCCACCAACCAGCGUAAUACUGUUGUUAUUAUCUGCCACAUUUCAUUGACCUACACAGAGGGAGACUGUCAUUUUAUUAUGUACCAGAAGGGGGAAGCAGAGACAGCGUUAUGUCCUCUCUAUCCCUCAGCCAGGGUUGUCUCCAGUUACCACAGCCACAAAGUCAGAAUUGUCUAUAUAUCGUAAAAAUUCAUGAAAACCAAAAUGUGCUUUUUGGUCUUAAUUUAAGGUUAAGGUUAGGCAUAAGGUUGUCAUUGUGUUUACGGUUAGGGUUAUGUUUAUAAUCAGAUUUUAAGAAGAUACAUUUUAGAAAUAGGCAGGGUUUAACCAUAAUUAUGACUUUGUGGAUGUGGUAACUAGUGACGACCCUCAGCCAGCUCAUCCAUUAUUACUCAUUGACUGGAAACGCUACCAUACUUUUAAGCUCCCUCCUCGCCUUACCCCUCAUGAAUUCGUAAAUAUAAUUUGACCAGUUAAUGAGGACGUUUCAGAAACAAGAUUAAUGGCAGGGAAAUUGUCCACUGUAGUUAGAUCUGUCAACUGUUUAGCUAACUGAUAAACAUACGUUUAUAGGGUGGUGUCCCUCAUUCAUUUCGGUUUGACCUCACAAAGCGACACGCGACAUGAUUUGAAAUGCCUGUAAAAUCUCUGUAACAUCUCGUUGUGGGCUGGUGUAAAAUGUAACCUUUCUCGGGCUCUGCAACCUUGCUGUGUGAGCAUGGAGCAUGGUGUCUGUCUGCACCAGCAGAGCUUCUCCAUCACUUAGUACUGUACAGGGGCAGCCGGAGCACUGAGUAGUCACUGAAGUCUGCACUGAAGGCUUUGCUUGCAGCAUGUGGCAUUGACAGUACAGUACGUCCCCGUUGGCAGCCUAGAGGCUGAGCUAGUUGUCUAUGUGUGAUGAUGACCGGAAAACAGUAUUUCAUUUUCCUGCGUUUGAGGUCCAUUGAGCACAGUAACAUAAGUGGCUCCAGUAGACGCAGUCACCUGGCCAUAUGAGAAGAACAGCGGACGACUUAGGGAGGGAUGAGCUAGAGUGCUCCCCUGACAUCAUUGGGUGAUAUCAUCACCCCUUUGCAACUCGACCAUUCCCAUCCCAUGUGACCUGAUUGAGAGGAAGUGGUGCUACAAAAUCAAAUCAAAUCAAAUCACCCUAGUCGCCUGCUGUCUAUCUGUGUUUCCACCGAGGACCAGGCACUGGGAGUGACUCUGGCUCUGAUACUGUACAGUGGUUGGAGGUUGGCUGCUGCUGGCUCUUUCUCAUGCCGGCCCCUGCUAUCAUAUCGCACUGUCCUCCCGUUGACUCCUCCACUCUGCUUCUUGAGAGGGCCAGAGAUUACACGCCAGCCGCCCUCUCGGGUCCUUCUCACUGAUUCCACACGACUCCGGUCUCGGCGGGGUCCGAUAGACACUGCCGCCCCACAGGACAUUGCAGAUACAGUUGAAGUCGGAAGUCUACAUACACCUCAGCCAAAUACAUUUAAACUCAGUUUUUCACAAUUCCUGACAUUUAAUCGUAAUAAAAAUGCCCUGUCUUAGGUCAGUUAGGAUCACCACUUUAUUUUAAGAAUGUGAAAUGUCAGAAUAAUAGUAGAGAGAAUGAUUUAUUUCAGCUUUUAUUUCUUUCAUCACAUUCCCAGUGGGUCAGAAGUUUACAUGCACUCAAUUAGUAUUUGGUAGCAUUGCCUUUAAAUUGUUUAACUUGGGUAAAAUGUUUCAGGUAGCUUUCCACAAGCUUCCCACAAUAAGUUGGGUGAAUUUUGGCCCAUUCCUCCUGACAGAGCUGGUGUAACUGAGUCAGGUUUGUAGGCCUCCUUGCUCGCACACGCUUUUUCAGUUCUGCCCACAAAUGUUCUAUAGGAUUGAUUUCAGGGCUUUGUGGUGGCCACUCCAAUACCUUGACUUUGUUGUCCUUAAGCCAUUUUGCCACAACUUUGGAAGUAUGCUUGGGGUCAUUGUCCAUUUGGAAGACCCAUUUGUGACCAAGCUUUUACUUCCUGGCUGAUGUCUUGAGAUGUUGCUUCAAUAUAUCCACAUAAUUUUCCUUCCUCAUGAUGCCAUCUAUUUUGUGAAGUGCACCAGUCCCUCCUGCAGCAAAGCACCCCCACAGCAUGAUGCUGCCACCCCCGUCUGGCUUUUUUAUAGCGGUUUUGGAGCAGUGGCUUCUUCCUUGCUGAGCGGCCUUUCAGGUUAUGUCGAUAUAGGACUCGUUUUACUGUGGAUAUAGAUACGUUUGUACCUGUUUCCUCCAGCAUUUUCACAAGGUCCUUUUCUGUUCUGGGAUUGAUUUGCACUUUUCGCACCAAAGUACGUUAAUCUCUAGGAGACAGAACGCGUCUCCUUCCUGAGUGGUAUGACAGCUGCGUGGUCCCUUGGUGUUUAUACUUGUGUCCUAUUGUUUGUACAGAUGAACGUGGUACCUUCAGGCAUUUGUAAAUUGCUCCCAAGGAUGAACCAGACUUGUGGAGGUCUACAAUUUCUUUUCUGAAGUCUUGGCUGAUUUCUUUUGAUUUUCCCAUGAUGUCAAGCAAAGAGGCACUGAGUUUGAAGGUAGGCCUUGAAAUACAUCCACCGGUACACCACCAAUUGACUCAAAUGAUGUAAAUUAGCCUAUCAGAAGCUUCUAAAGCCAUGACAUCAUUUUCUGGAAUUAUCCAAGCUGUUUAAAGGCACAGUCAACUUAGUAUAUGUAAACUUCUGACCCACUGGAAUUGUGAUACAGUGAAUUAUAAGUGAAAUAAUCUGUCUGUAAACAAUUGUUGGAAAAAUUACUUGUGUCAUGCAUAAAGUAGAUGUCCUAACCAACUUGCCAAAACUAUAGUUUGUUAACAAGACAUUUGUGGAGUGGUUGAAAAACGAGUUUUAAUGACUCCAACCUAAGUGUAUGUAAACUUCCGACUUCAACUGUAUGUAAUGCCAGAGAAAAAAGAAGCAGCAGCAAUGACUUCAGCAGCUUUUUACAUUGCUGAAUUUUGCAGUUGUACUUGACUGUCCUCCCAGAGCUCUUAACUGCACUGUUAGUGCUCCUUCUCUCUCUCUCUCCCUGAGAAGGGCACUUUUUGUGCUGAUUUAAAGAUUUAGAAUUUUUUGCCACAAGGCUUAAAAGAUAAAAGUGUUAAUCUUUUUUUAUAUUUCAGAUGGGUAGAUUUGUUUGUGGUAUUUUCAAUAUAUCACUCUGAAUUAUGUGAAAAAUUACCAACAAGGCAUUGUAACAGUGUGUUCAUAACUUUUAUCUUUGAUCCUGUGGUGCGGACAUCACCAUGUGAAUUAGAGGAGGCUGGUGGGAGGAGCUAUAGGAGGACGGGCUGAUUGUAAUGGCUGGAAUGGUAUUAAUGGAAGGGUAUCAAACACAUCAAACGUAUGGAAACCACAUGUUUGACUCCGUUCCAUUUAUUCCAGUCCAGCCACUACAAUGAGCCGUCCUCCUAUAGCCUCCUCUUUGAACUUUCCCUAACUGAAUAUCCCAGGCAAACUUCAGUCUUUUCAUGUUGUUUUAUUUUUCUCUCCAGCCCACCAACGGCUGUAUAAAUUCAAAACAACAUCAACGCAAACUCUGCCUUUGUAUUAAAGAAAGCAAACAAGUAGAAGAAACACAGCCACGCUAUUCCCCAAACACCAUGUUAACGGGAUGGCAAACACCAUUGCCCGGAGUGUGUUCUUGUGUGGAAGCUUGAGGUCAGUACACUGGCCCUCCAACCAGCCUUGGGAUCGAGGCUGAACUGAAAAAAAAAGUCUGAAAUAAUUAAGUCUGCUCUUCCCUUUCUUGUCAGAGGGAGACACAGCUCACCUUGCUACCUACAAAGAGGCUGAGCAACCUACUGUCUCAAGCAUCACUCUGAACUCAUCUUCCCACUCACUUCCUCCCCCCCCCCCCCCCUCUCUCUCUCUCUCUCUCUCUCUCUCUCUCUCUCUCUCUCUCUCUCUCUCUCUCUCUCUCUCUCUCUCUCUCUUCGCUCUCUCUCUCUCUCUCUCUCUCUCUCUCUGUCUCUCUCUCUUUCUCUCUCUCUCUGUCUCUCUCUCUCUCUCCCUCCCUCCCUACGUCCCUUCCUCUCCUCUCCCGCUCAGCUCCCCAGCCCUUUUUUUAAUCAAUAACCGUCUGCCGUCUUCUCUAAGAAUAAGUUAUUCCCUGCAACUCCCUUUCCCUUUAAGCUUAUUGGGAUUUUCAUUGUUUGAUCUGGCUUGAUAAAUAAGAUGAAUGCAGUUAGAAAUUCAUGGCUGCCCUGUUUCAUCAAUAAAUUAUUUGUUUGCUGUGCUCCGCAGUGAUUGAUAGGUUCUGCAUGGGUUGUAUUGGAACCAAAUGAAUUCAAUACAGUGGGAGUCACUGGGGAGCCACAAAGCAUAUCAGCUCAUGGAAAAUUGAGGUCAAUGGAAAAUGUAAAAAACAAAGAAGGGAAGACAGGAAAGGGGGAACAGGUUUUGUACUAAAGCACAUUAGACGUAAUACGACAUGUUUUAGUCUUUGAAAACAACAAGAAAUAGAUCAAUCUCAGUGAAAAAAAAAACUUCUCUAGGCUUCGGUUCAGAUUCGAUCCAUGGUCUUUGCUUUGUGUAGUUUGCUCACACAGGCUCUGGAGAUGACCUUGAGCACACAGCCAGGGGCCAUCCCAAGAACUCCACAGAGUCUUACUUCUACGCCAAGCCAGAGAAAGAGAGAGAGAAAGCCAAAAAACAGAAGCAGGUGUCCAGACUCCCACUUCUUUACACAACGGGCGGUAAGUAGAGCAAUUCCUAUAGAAAUAUCUUCCAAUGUUUCAUGUGUGUUUCACUGUUUUACGACGCCCCCCCUCUCUGUUCCUCGCUCUCUGUGAUAUCAAUUGAACCUGUUGUUUUUGUUGAAGGGAAGGUUUUCUUAGCACUCGGUGUGUGCAUGUGUGUAUACAGAGAUAGCAGAGGCAUGUGGAAGUCUGAAGAGCUUUCUUUGAAUUCCCAACCUGCUCUCCAAAGUCAACUUCCAUACAUCAGGGGAACAGAACAGGUUUUCAGCCUUAGGAAGAAUGUAUAACUCUUUACGCUGUGAAUAUUAAACCGAACAAAACUUCAAACACCAUCCGGUGCUCUAAAUCAUAGAUUCAUUCAAUCAGGCCAUUUGGUUAAAAAGGUAUCCAGAAAAGCCUUGUUAACUGUGCUAGGAAAACAAAAUGCUAAAAUGUUCUCCUGAUGGGGGAAUCAAAACAAUCAUAAGUUAUUGAUCACAAUAAUAUUGCGGAGAGAUCAUAAAGCUGACAAAAUCCUCUGUUAGAUUGAUGGUAUUUAGCAUCGCGGCAAUUUCACAGUUUGAUCGUGAUACAUAACCUAUACAAUACACAUUAAUUACACCAGUGGCUUUAGAUGCUCAACUAUUCAAUAGUUAUUAUGCCGGUGUCUCUUUACAGUGUCCGGACCAGAGAUUUACCAUGACAUCAUACAAUGAGUAAUUGCCACCGUUUGUGCAUCCUGCCAUAAUUUCACAUCACACAUUACAGCUGAGCCAGCAGUAUCCUAUGUGAUGGAGUUGAAUUUCCUUUCCUCCACUCACAUUGGGACAGCACAUUAGCGCCUGACUGGCUGUCUACAUCCCCUGCAGACCUGGUUAUGAGAGAGCUCCUCUCACAAGUCUCUGACCACUUUUUGGACACUUGAUCAUCCCCUGGGGGCAAGAAGCCCCCUCCUCAUUAACUCAUUACUAAUGGUUGAAGAGAAAAAUAGGAAAAAUCCAUAGGCUUCCUCUUAACUACAUCAAUCUGGCCUCACACACAAAAGCAUGCAUGCAAACACACACACAUCACUCUUACCGCACAGGGACAAUCAGGGCCUAUCAGGCACGCAGUGGCUCGGAGCACUGUUGGCAAGCAUCCACUGUCUAUCGCAGGAGAGGAGGCAAAGCUUUCGGCAGCAGAUUUUCAUCCCUGGCUUUUCUUCUGAACUUGAUAUGGAAGGAUUGAUCCGCGCUGCACUCUGUGAAAUCGAACACCGUCACACCAUGCAACAUGCUUCAAUUUGGUGACGUUGGUGGCAAAGUCCGAACUUUCGUUUCAUUAUUUGCUCACAAAUUCACAGAGUGAUUGUCUACGACGAACACACAGUUACUGAACAAAGUUCAAAUGGCAUAUAUGUUAUUUUAAACACAGACACAAUUCUAUUUAUUUACUACCAAAGGACAGUGUGGUGUGCAUUACUCAAAUGCAUCAAGAGUAACCUGUCACUGUCAGAAACUACUGUAGGAACAUAUCCUCACGCAGGGUGGCCAAACAUGUAGUGGAGAAUUCAUGGCUUACACUUGGCUUGCACUCUAAAUAAAUGAAUUGUUUGACAUGAUCAUUGAUUACUUCUGAUGUUAAGGAGGAACGAGAGAGAGAGAGAGAGAGAGAGAGAGAGAGAAGAGGGACAGUGGAGGUAAUUGUGAUCAAUCACUUUUCUUAGAAGGCAGUGUGUUCCGUGCAAAAGACAAAAGAAGUGAAACGGUGGGAGCAGCUGAGAUCCAGGAAGAUGGCAGAGUGACAGUGGACCUGCCAAUUGACCAGGUAAAAAUCAACCUUCAUGACCUGCAAUACCUGUAGUAUAUGGUCAUGAAACUUAUGCAAUGACUACCCAAAGUGGUUGUGCUGUAGUCUGGUCCCAGAUCUGUUGGUGCUGUCUUGGUCAAAACAGACAGAUCUGGGACCAGGCUAGUUGUAACUGACCAUCAACAGACGACAAGACCAGUGAUACAGAUGUAUUGGGCUACUAUAUGAGCGGUAAUAAGCUAAGAGAGGGUCGUCAACCCCCCCAGGUUGAGGCCCAGGUAGUCGAGGAGGAAGAGCAGUAUGUCCAGAGGUUUUCCAGGCCUGCCGGUGAGACCCAGAGUCCCUACAAAACCUUCCUCCAAGGCUCUGAUGCGUCCAGGAAGGUCAGUGGACUGGACUGCCACGUGGACAGUGUAGGGCAUUUUGGAAUGAAGGGAAUAAAUGAAUGAAUUAAUAAAUGAAUGGAAUGGAAUUAAAUGAUGAAUAUACUGUAUUGAUCCGUUAGAGGGGAAGCUGGGUUUGUAGUUUGAAGCCACCACCAGCAGACAUAGAUAGGGGUUUAACAAGAGUUUUCUGCCUGUGUGUAUGUGUGUGUGUGUAUGUGUGUAUGUGUGUGUGUAUGUGUGUAUGUGGGUGUGUAUGUGUGUGUGUGUGUGUGUGUGUAUGGUGUGUGUGUGUGUGUGUGUGUAUGUGUGUGUGUGUGUGUGUGUGUGUGUGUGUGUGUGUAUGUGUGUGUGUGUGGGUGUGUAUGUGUGUGUGUGUGUGUGUGUAUGUGUGUGUAUGUAUGUGUGUUACAGGUCUCGGCCCCCUCGUCAGGUCGUGGAGAGUCAGGUAGAGGCACUGGUCUGACCAGCUCCAGAGACGGAGGACUAAAGUCACCUCUGGAACCUGAGCCACAGGUACUCACACACACACAACACACACACACACACACACACACACAGGGGAAGCUGGGUUUGUAAUUUGAAGCCACCACCAGCAGACAUAGAUAGGGGUUUAACAAGUGUUUUCUGCCUGUGUGUAUGUGUGUGUGUGUGUGUGUGUGUGUGUGUGUGUGUGUGUGUGUGUGUGUGUAUGUGUGUGUGUGUAUGUGUGUGUGUAUGUGUGUGUGUGUAUGUGUGUGUAUGUAUGUGUGUGUGUGUGUGUAUGUGUGUGUGUGUGUGUGUGUGUGUGUGUGUGUGUGUGUGUGUGUGUGUGUGUGUGUGUGUGUGUGUGUGUGUGUGUGUGUGUGUGUGUGUGUGCGUGCGUGUUCCAGGCCACUUUCAUAAUGUUUACAUAUCUUGCAUUACCCAUUUCAUAUGUAUAUACUGUAUUCUAUACUAUCUUAAUAAUGUUUACAUAUCUUGCAUUACCCAUCUCAUAUGUAUGUACUGUAUUCUAUACUAUCUAUUGCAUCUUAGCCUAUGCCACUCUGAUAAUGUCAUUGCUCAUCCAUAUAUUUAUAUAUUCUUAUUCCAUUCCUUUACUUAGAUUUGUGCUUAUUAGGUUUUGAUUGUGGAACUGUUAGAUAUUACUUGCUAGAUAUUGCUGCACUGUCGGAACUAGAAGCACAAGCAUUUCACUACACUCGCAAUAACAUCUGCUAAACAUGUGUAUGUGACCAAUACAUUUGAUUUGAUUUGAUUUGAUCUGACACACACACACACAGAGCUUAUCUCCAGCUAGCAGAAUGAACAGAGUGAUGCCUACUAGACUGGGGAAAUGCAGCGUGGGCCCAUCUUAUUACUGUAGAAUACCACCUCAUUAACUUGUGUUAGAUCCCUGUCCCUCCCUUAUUCUAGUUAUUAUGUACAUCAUAAACAAUGGUUAGAGCGCUGUGUAUACAGAUGUUUCUGCAUGGAUGUGUGGUUUAGUGUUGCAUGGUAUACCGGUACCAUGGUAAUAUCACAGCACCAAAACAUCAUGAUAUACUUAUGAUACCAACAUUUAAAAAUACUGUAGUACCGUUUCAUAUGAUACUACCGACUUACUCUGCCGUACCGAUUUAAACAACCUGCUGGCGCCUGUUAUAAAAUGUUUAUAAAGUCUGUUGAAUUUAAGCAACAACCACUAGGCUCUUGUAUGAGCAGGUCCAGUAAUAUCCACUUCACUUUCAUGUGCACAUCAUGUGGCAGCUGUAAUCAGCCAGCCACAUCCCCUACCAGCCCUCACUCACCUGCUUCUCUCCGUCCGCUCUUCAUGCGCGUCUAUUCCUCCGUCAGUAAAAAAAAAUAUAUAAUUUAGCCGUGAUGGCGAGCGGGGAUGCAGACCCAGACCCUGAUGAGUCUUCUGUUUUUAGAUUUGAACAUGUGUUACAUUGGAGCAGCGUGCAAAGCGAGUAAUGUUGAAACAUUGUAUCAUUUCAUCGCUGUUAUAACAGCCUGAGUAGACUUUGCAAGUUCACUGUCAUGCAGCCUCAGAGAGGUGAAAUGGAGGACCGCAUCGUGACAGGCAUGCUUGCAGCUUUACAGCAAAGUAAACGUCUUGUCUCUAGUCUGCACAGUUAUAAAACAUGACCCAUUACCAGAGAUGCCUUUUUUUAUUUAUAUCGGGAGUCGCGCACAUUUUAUAUAAUUUCACAAAUCAUGUCGCUGGCCGUUUUAAACUAAUCACUAAUUCACUAAUCACUAAUUCACUAAUUAUUGGUUUGAUAAUGAACAAUGUUGUUCAGUCAUGUUACCUAGCUAGCUAACAUUCUGGUAACUUGACAGUAGGUUUAUGCUCAUCUGAUUGGCCCAGGAAGAAAGGAAAAGGGUAUGCUUCUCAUGAGAUGUGCUCAAAGGUAGGAUUCAUGUAGGCCUAAUGGAAGACUAAACUAUAUCAAAAAUACAUUUCUUUCUGGUGCUCCUUAAAUUCUGUUUGGUGCCUAUCGUUUUAAAAGUUUGUGGGAGAGAGUGGUGUGUGUUUAUGAGAGUGAGGGAGACAGUGUGUGUGUUUGUGGGAGAGAGAGAGUGGUGUGUGUUUAUGAGAGUGAGGGAGACAGUGUGUGUGUUUGUGGGAGAGAGUGAGUGGUGUGUGUUUAUGAGAGUGAGGGAGACAGUGUGUGUGUUUGUGUUUGUGGGAGAGAGAGAGUGGUGUGUGUUUAUGAGAGUGAGGGAGACAGUGUGUGUGUUUGUGGGAGAGAGAGAGAGUGGUGUGUGUUUAUGAGAGUGAGGGAGACAGUGUGUGUGUUUGUGGGAGAGAGUGAGUGGUGUGUAUUUAUGAGAGUGAGGGAGACAGUGUGUGUGUUUGCGGGAGAGAGAGAGGUGUGUGUUUAUGAGAGUGAGGGAGACAGAGUGUGUUUGUUUGUGGGAGAGAGAGAGUUGGUGUGUGUUUAUGAGAGUGAGGGAGACAGUGUGUGUGUUUGUGGGAGAGAGAGAGUGGUGUGUGUUUAUGAGAGUAUGGGAGACAGUGUGUGUGUUUGUGGGAGAGAGAGAGUGGUGUGUGUUUAUGAGAGUGAGGGAGACAGUGUGUGUGUUUGUGGGAGAGAGAGAGAGUGGUGUGUAUUUAUGAGAGUGAGGGAGACAGUGUGUGUGUUUGUGGGAGAGAGAGAGUGGUGUGUAUUUAUGAGAGUGAGGGAGACAGUGUGUGUGUUUGCGGGAGAGAGAGAGUGGUGUGUGUUUAUGAGAGUGAGGGAGACAGUGUGUGUGUUUGCGUUUGUUGGAGAGAGAGAGUGGUGUGUGUUUAUGAGAGUGAGGGAGACAGUGUGUGUGUUUGUGGGAGAGAGAGAGUGGUGUGUUUAUGAGAGUGAGGGAGACAGUGUGUGUGUUUGUGUUUGUGGGAGAGAGAGAGAGAGAGAGAUAGUGGUGUGUGUUUAUGAGAGUGAGGGAGCCAGUGUGUGUGUUUGUGGGAGAGAGAGAGUGGUGUGUGUUUAUGAGAGUGAGGGAGACAGUGUGUGUGUUUGUGUUUGUGGGAGAGAGAGAGAGAGAGAGAGAUAGUGGUGUGUGUUUAUGAGAGUGAGGGAGCCAGUGUGUGUGUUUGUGGGAGAGAGAGAGUGGUGUGUGUUUAUGAGAGUGAGGGAGACAGUGUGUGUGUUUGUGUUUGUGGGAGAGAGAGAGAGAGAGAGAGAGAUAGUGGUGUGUGUUUAUGAGAGUGAGGGAGACAGUGUGUGUGUUUGUGGGAGAGAGAGAGUGGUGUGUGUUUAUGAGAGUGAGGGAGACAGUGUGUGUGUUUGCGUUUGUGGGAGAGAGAGAGAGUGGUGUGUAUUUAUGAGAGUGAGGGAGUAGGUGUGUGUGUUUGUGGGAGAGAGAGAGUGGUGUGUGUUUAUGAGAGUGAGGGAGACAGUGUGUGUGUUUGUGGGAGAGAGAGAGUGGUGUGUGUUUAUGAGAGUGAGGGAGACAGUGUGUGUGUUUGUGGGAGAGAGAGAGUGGUGUGUGUUUAUGAGAGUGAGGGAGACAGUGUGUGUGUUUGUGGAAGAGAGAGAGUGGUGUGUGUUUAUGAGAGUAUGGGAGACAGUGUGUGUGUGUGUGGGGGAGAGAGAGUGGUGUGUGUUUACUGAAGAGUAAAGAAGGUUUAAUGCAGUGUUUUCUCCUUACUGACAAUGAUAUGCAGAUCAUUAUGCAUGUAUAUUCCUUCCUCCCAUUCCUCCAGCCAAAUUUUCCUUAGGGUGCUUUUUAGUCGUUCAUUUUCUAUUGUUAUUCUUUAGUUUUUUAUCCUCUUAUGUUUGUUGUGUAGUAAAUAUUUGUUUUUAUUCGUUUCUUUCCUCUGAAGAACAUAGGCCUUUGCAAAUAUGAGCAAAUCAGCCAUUCUAUGCAGUAUUCUAUUAUACACUGAACAGUGUGAAGUUAAAUUCAAUGUGUUGUAAUGAGUAGAAGUGUGAAUUUCAGUGACACGUUUUUGGAGAGCGUUUAGAAAACGUGAACAUGCGUCCGGGGGACAUGGCGAACAGGAUGCUAGGCCACAGAUUUCUUUCCACCGUGGUAUCGCGAUACUACUCGGUAUUGUGAUACUUGGCCUGGUAUCGUAUCUUUGUAAAAUGUUGGUGUGGCGUGACAACACUAAUGUGGUUUCUAGAAAUUGCACUCAUUUAAAAACACUUAAUCUGGUUUUAUAAUCCUCAACGGAAUGAAAAUGGGGAGCCUCAUAACAGUGAUGAACAUACACAAUACUUGGCCGAUAUUACUAUUCCAUGCAAUUGCAUUCAGCUUUGGAAAUGAGAAGAUAUUGAGUCUUAUUUAGGCAAUCAAUAACAGUGAACAUUUUGUUUAAUGAAAACAAUCAUUUCAGCCUAUGGUAAUCACACUUUAGAGAGAUAUUUUGGUGUGAUGGUGAUUCUUGCAGUGGUAUGCACUUCUGUAAUAAAUAUAUUCUUAUCAAAAUCAUUAUUGACUUCGGGGGGCAGUUAUGACCCUGUUAAGGAACCUGUUUAAGAUCAAUAGCUUUAUUCAUUACUUAUCGCAUUUACUCAUGAAUGAAUAUUGCUGAAUCAGAAUGGCUAUAGAUUCCGGGAAUGACCAUUAGAUAAUGGGGAAUAAUGAUAUCCGGACUCAGCUAAUUUGUGGAAUCAUCUCACCACCACUGCACCAAACAACGUUUGACUUGACUUGCUGCGGCUAUGAAGAAGUCAGUUUAAUUGUAAUUGGGGUAUUUACACUUCUGUCCAAAAUUCAAUACAUACUUCUACAGUGAGUGGUUUGAAAUAGGGUUGGAUGAAAUUAACUAUAUCAGUAAAAUAUAUACUUUAUUUUAUUAGUGUAGGAAGGAAUUGCUGCUUUAAAAGCGAAGUUUGACUUCUUGAAGUUUAUUGUCGUAAUUAGAGAAAACCUGAAGCAUAUUAAUGUCACCCCUGAUGAAUAUAUUUAAUGCAUUUUGUAGCUACAUUUUAUGGCCUGAGAUUGUUAUUGGAGAUUACAAUAUCAAUAUUAUUUAUGGAAGCUUUGAUAGCAGGUCAAACUCAAAGCUAAUAUUCUGGCUAAACAACAUAUUACUAUUGCUCACUUCUCUCCCUUUCUCUCUCCCUGUCUCCUUAUGAAGAUAAGCAGUGUUUCAGUCUGUCCUGCUUCUUCAUCAUCUAGUGUGAAUGACAAUAAAACACUAUGGCCAUGACUCAUAGUUGAGCUGAGUUUGAAAUAGAUUACAUCCCAGUCUGGCCACGCUUGUGAAAUACCAGAUGCCAUAUAUAUUGAUGACCAUAUUCAAUUACAUGAUUGCAUUCUCAGCCAAAACCACUUCCCCUCAGUUUAAAUGAUUCAUUGCAUUGGAUUUAAAUGGUGAAUAGUUACAGUGGCGAGGUAGAGGUAAUAUUCGAAGGACCUCCGCUUGACAACAUAAAGAGUUAUUAGAAUCAGCAUGUUUGUCUGUCUGCCAAAUGGUGACACACAAUGUCUGGUGGGUAUGACAACAGACUGCUGCAAUAGACUGAUGCAAAGGCGGCCAGAACAGGGCAACCAUCUAAAGUAGUUUGUUCAUGUUUGAGAGCUCGAGCUGAUCACAGACUGAGCCGACUGACUGAUCUACAAAUAAUAACGAGUAGUUAUUUAGAAUCCAAGGUGAUUUGUAGAUCAGUCAUUGUGCAGAUGCCGACUGCAAUGAAGUCGAUCUCAAACAUGAUAAUUGCGUUGAAUUGACAUGAGUUGUUUCCUGAUGGGUCUUUUGGAACACCUUCAGUUGAACAUACUGUCGAAUGUGUUCUGCUUAUCAAUAUACUGUUUUCCUUUAGCCUAGAAACAAUGUAUAAAUGGUUAUGGUCCGAUGAAUGUUCGUGCAUAUUGAACAAAGGUAGAGUUGAAUGAGGUUGUGUAAUUCUGUUUUUAACAAUAGUUUGUUUUGAUUUAACGAUAUUGGCUGAUUUAUCAACCGGUCAGCUAAGCAUUUUUUCUUAAUUAAUAUUGUUAGAAAUGCCAAUAGGACUAGGCAUGUUUUAUCAAUCGUCUUCCUCUUAAGAAUUUUGUGAUAAAAAAUCAAAUAGUUAUCGAUCUUGCCAUCGACCUCCCCUAUUCUUUGCCAAUGCAAUUCCUUUUCAUUUAUCUUGUCCUGUUUUCCUGGUUACUAUUCCCCUAGCUUCUUAGGUUCGCUAUUUGUAAAGCUUCUCCUCUCAUGCAAGGUCAACUAUAAUCAACCCCAGACAAUGUCACUGGCUUCUGCAGCAACCAGGGUAUUCCUCUGGGGCUCUGAGGGCCCGCUGCAUUCUACCAUUCAAUUACUGUUCAUUAGACAGUGUACAGCCAUUAAUCAGACUGAGAUGUUCUGCUAUUCUUCAAAGGGCCAUUGAACCAGGGAGGGAAAAACACUGGCUGUUUAUCCUUGUUUCCUGUCCUGAGAUACUGUAGGAGUACAAAGAAGACACUCUGGUAUUCCCACUCGAUAUGUCUGUUUUAAACUUCUCCUCCACACUGCAGUCUCGGAAUGUUAGAUUAAUAAACAGAGCGUGCUAGAGAUAUACCGCAAUAGUAGGAGUCAAAUAGAUCAUUUGGAGGAGUAACUUGACAGAUUUAGUGAAUCGGGCCCAUAUGCAUUGAAUCUGACUGGAUAUGAUAUGAGAAACUGAUUUAUGUGCCUGUGUUCCAGGAGACUAAAGAGGAGGUGGAGGCGGUGGAGGCCUCAAAUCUGUGCGGAAUACGGUCACGGAUGUCCAAGUUCUUCAAGGGUAGGUUCAUCAAAGCAUAGUAGCACCACACGCUAUUCGCUCCACGUUUCCUCCUCAACACAAUCAACCAUAAGAAACCAUAAAGAGACCACUAAUACACUCGGCGUUACCCAGUUUCCCACUUGGCAUGUCACCUGAUCCCCCAACUGCAGCGUUGCACAUCUGGGAGAGCUACCGUACUGUAUGGUUACCUUAUGGUCGAUAGGUUGAAGUUGCGCUCCCCCAUAUCACAUUAAUUAAUUUAGUAAUAAAGUUGCACAAUGUAGAAAUCACUCCGCAUUUCCUGUUUGCUAAAACUCUAAUAGUUUGCCUAAUUUCAGUUUAUGUGACAAAAUAAGCUAGUAUAGUGCAGAGAAUCAUUGUAUCAUCUAAACCGCUGUGAAAUAUAUUUUCCAUAACCAAAAAUGUUGUUGUUUCAGCUGUUUGAAGCUGGUGUACGAAAACGAAAGUAAAAGACGCAAAAACAAAACUUAAGACCGGGAAGCAUAGAAAUAAGGCACAUAGAACAUACACUACAUGAGCAAAAGUAUAUAGAUACCUGCUCUUUUGAACACCUACCACCACUUUUGUGCGACUGCUCGGUCAUGGAAACCCAUUUCAUGAAGCUCCCGAAGAAUAGUUCAUGUGCUGACGUUGCUUCCAGAGGCAGUUUGGAAUUCAGUAGUGAGUGUUGCAACCGAGGACAGAAAACGUACAAAAAUAAAGUUACAUAUUGCCACUUUAAACGCACCUGCACUUCACAAGGUGCCCCAUACAGUAUGUCCUGUACUGUGGAUUAUUCACAUACGUUUUAUUUUUACCCAUGUCCUCUGUAAUCAUGUCUCUCCUGACAUAUUUUGAUAGGUGGGAAUAUCAGACUGGUCUUAGUUUAGUAUGACUGUAUCUUCUCAAUUAUUGCAUUUUGGAUACAGUAUUUUAAAAUGGGUAGAAUAGAAUCUAUCUAUCUAGCAAAAAUGUAAAUGACUUUAUUCUUGAAUAUGACUUCAAAUCAUGUGUAUAAGAACACAACUUAUGAUUAUAAAGAUAUACCAUGACAGAAUGAGACCUAACGGUACCAUAAUGGAACGAGACCUAACGGUACCAUGACAGAACAAGACCUAACAGUACCAUGACGGAACGAGACCUAACGGUACCAUGACAGAACAAGACCUAACGGUACCAUGACAGAACGAGACCUAACGGUACCAUAAUUGAACAAGACCUAACGGUACCAUAAUUGAACGAGACCUAACGGUACCAUGACAGAACGAGACCUAACGGUACCAUGAUAGAACAUGAAACUCUCCUAUGUCGGAGGAUGUGCCUCAUUCCCAGUUCAAAUCAUUUUCUCUAAUUGGCCACAAAACAUAGGCUGUAGGAGCAAGGCCAUUCAGUGGUCCAGAAGUGAUCCAGCGUUUGCCAUCGUCCCGUGAGAAUUCCAUAAGUGACUAAAGGGAGAGAGAGAGAAAGUCCGGGUCCUUCCAUGUGGUUAUUUUCUGUCCCUGAUCUGAGGUAGUACAGUAUGUCAUGGGUACCAAGAAUUUCACUACAUCCUGUGUUGCCAACAGCAGGCGCCCAUCUCGCUCACAUGUAACCGUGCUGUCAACACACAAGGCAAUUUACAGAAGCAAUCUCAUCUCCAUUUAUCCCAAAUGUUUUCUUUAUAUUCACUUUUGUUUUAUAUUGACUGGACUGGAGGUCUGGCAUGAUAAGAGAGAUGAGAAUUUCAGCGAACUGAUGGAAAUGAUGGCCUGUUAAGUUUGUCUCUCUGUUUGGAAUGGAGAUAUUCCCAUUAGGGGUCCUUGGAAUCGUGACUUCUCAUCAUUGGCAUUGUGAACUCUAGACUCGUCCUUAUUAUACAUAUGCACAUUGCUGUUUAUUGUUCUUAUUUCUAAAUGGGACGGAAUGGCUCAGCAAUAGGCUAUAGGCUAUGCCCAAUAUUCACAACAUCAACAGAUCUGUUCAGUAGCUCUAUGCCUUAACCACCACAGAGCUGAAGUGCAGUGGAGGGUAAUUUUUAAAUACAGGAAAUGCAUGGGAUCUACUGUAACAGUAAGGGAAAUCCAACACUGCCUGGCUACUUUGUAUCUGUGCAAAUCUUUGUCCUCAAUGGGAAUUUUCCAGUUGGUAGAAAUUGGUCGUUCUUGAAUUGCGGUGGCAUUUGGGCAUGGCAUUUUGGAAAAAAGAUAUGUAUUUUUUCUCAUUUUCUUUAUUGAAAUGUAUUUGUGUACAUCUUCCCAUUCUACAUCAACUAAUAUGGCAGCUUAAUGACUUUAAAUAAUGUUUACUAUUAUGAUAACAUUGUGCCACCAGUAGGAGUAACACCAAUGAUGGCAACACCUGAGAAAUGUUUGGUUAUUGAGGUUUUUCUUAAAUGAUGCUUAAAUCUAAGGUCAUUAACCCUUUAAAAAUGAUUUACUAAAUUUAUAUGAUGAAUAAUUUUGCUCAUAAUGUAAUUUCCGUUAAUUUAAAUUGACUAACACCAAGUGACACCAAAUUGUCAAUGGAAUCCUCAAAUGUAUGACAUACUAAAAGGGUGUAAUUAGCUAAUAUAUUUUUUUAAAUAUAGACUCCUCCCCCUAUAACAGUUUGCCACUGGAGGGAAUGCUUAAGGUCCUUGUAUAUCUUUGUAAUGAGUGAUUUUCAAGUCGGUAACACCAAUGACAAAACUGGGGGACAGACAUACUAGUAAAAAAAUUGCCUUCUUUGUAAAGUGUUAAGUGUUGGUCCCAUGUUUCAUGAGCUGAAAUAGUAGAUCCCGGAAAUGUUCCAUAUGCACAAAAACCUUAUUUCUCUCAAAUGUUAUGCACACAUUUGUUUACAUCCCUGUUAGUGAGUAUUUCUCUUUGCCAAGAUAAUCCAUCCACCUGACAGGGACAAUAAAAGGCCACUAAAAUAUGCAGUUUUGUCACACAACACAAUGCCACAGUUUAAGUUUUGAGGGAGUGUGCAAUUGGCAUGCUGACUGCAGGAAUGUCCACCAGAGCUGUUGCCAGAGAAUUUAAUGUUUAUUUCUCUACCAUAAGCCGCCUCCAACGUCGUUUUAGAGAAUUUGGCAGUACGUACAACCGGCCUCCCAACCGCAGACCACGUGUAACUACGCCAGCCCAAGACCUCCACAUCCGGCUUCUUCACCUGCGGGAUCGUCUGAGACGAGCCACAAAACACAGCUGAUGAAACUGUGGGUUUGCACAACCGAAGAAUUUCUGCACAAACUGUCAGAACCGGCACUGGGAAGCUAAUCUGCAUGCUCAUUGUCCUCACCAGGAUCUUGUCCUGACUGCAGUUCGGCAUCGUAACCGACUUCAGUGGGCAAAUGCUCACCUUCGAUGGCCACUGGUACGCAGGGACUGUGGUGUGUGUACUACUGCACACGUCUUCCAAUAGUGUGCAUUCCUUCUUGUGCGCAUUGCUUGUGUGACACUUUUGAUUUUCUGGAUUUCCCCUGAUUAACAGAACUGCGGGAAAACAGUGCCGGACAGGCGGGAGCAAAGCACACUGUCUACCGGUGUGCUAGCUAUAUUUAGCUAGCUAGCUACUUAUCCCGCUUGCUGUGUACCAGAGUCCUAGGUAGCUAACUAGCUAGCGCCCAGUAUGCUUCGCUAACGCCUGCUGAACACCUGCCCUCGCCGUCGUUUAACAGAACUGCGGAAACAGUGCCGGACAGGCGGGGCGAAGCACACUGUCUACCGUUGUCCUAGCUAUCUUUAGCUAGCUAGCUACUUAUCCCGCUUGCUGUGUACCAGAGUCCUAGGUAGCUAACUAGCUAGCUAGCACCCAGUGUCCUUUGCCAACGCCUGCUGAACACCUGCCCUCGCCGUCGUUAACAGAACUGUGGGAAAACAGUCCCCGACAGACGGGGGGGAAGGACACUGUCUACAGUUGUCCCUAGCUAGCUAGUUACCGGCGUUGUCGCUCCCGCCUUUUCUUCUGUGGGGUUUAUCGGCAGUUGGCAUACAACAUUAUGGUGCAUUACCACCACCUACUGUACUGGAGUGCUCCCGCCUGAAUAACGGAUUCCUAGCUUAACAAUGUACCAACAGAAGUAUGAAGAGGGGUUCAUGCAGAUGCAGGAAUGCCCAAAUGCAGGAACACCCCGAAUUGCGGGCCGCAAUUGCAGACUUCUCCAUCUUGCUACUACGGAGGAGAGAACGGUGGAGACGGGAGAGACCAACUCUCAAGGAAUAAGUCUUUGCCCUCGUCCGUCCCUAUGGUACAUCCCAGAGACACAUUGCUUAAUGACAGGGUGGUGGAUUGUGUUCCCUGAAAUGCGUACUCCAGCUGAUUGAUGGAUCGCCGGUCCCUCUCUAUGCACUUAUUUAUCUUCUGAACCCACUGGAACAUCCAGCUCCUCCGCUGCACAAUAUCAGACCGGGAAACAUCCUCGCAUCUGCUGCACCAAUGCACCCCUUAGUAUAUCCCAGGUCAUUUCCACCGAGGUGGAUGACUAGAACACCGAGCAGUUUGUGCCACUUCAUGCCUUGCUCUCCGAGCCACCUAAUGUGACAGUCAAUAAUGUUUACAUUUACAUUUUAGUCAUUUAACAGAUGCUCUUAUCCAGAGCGACUUACAGUUAGUGAGUGCAUACAUUAUUAUUAUUAUUUAUUUUAUUUUUUUAUUUUUUUCAUACUGGCCCCCCGUGGGAAUCGAACCCACAACCCUGGCAUUGCAAACACCAUGCUCUACCAACUGAGCUACAUCCCUGCCGGCCAUUCCCUCCCCUACCCUGGACGACGCUGGGCCAAUUGUGCGCCGCCCCAUGGGUCUCCCGGUCGCGGCCGGCUACGACAGAGCCUGGAUUCGAACCAGGAUCUCUAGUGGCACAGCUAGCACUGCGAUGCAGUGCCUUAGACCACAGUGUUGUGUUGUGUUCAGCACUCAUAACCUCGACUACCUCAAUUACCUUGACUAACCUGUGCCACCGCACAUUGACUCUCUACCGGUAGCCCCUGUAUAUAGACUCCCUACUGUUAUUUUAUUUUACUGCUGCUCUUUAAUUAUUUGUUAUUUUUAUUUUUUACUUAUCAAUUUUUUACUUAACACUUAUUUUUCUUAAAACUGCAUUGUUGGUUAAGGGCUUGUAAGUAAGCAUUUCACUGUACGGUCUACACCUGUUGUAUUCGGCGCAUGUGGAAAAUAAAAUGUGAUUUAAUUUGAUUUAAUUUUAUUGUCUAAUAUAGUAUCCAUGAUUCGUAUCAUCGACUGGACAGUCUAUUUUUUAUCGGAAAUGACUAGGUGAUUUGGUGGUUCUAUUUUCGUUGUAUUUUGAGAUGGUACUCGUUGA